UCCAGCGAACUUUCUGUGUUAACCUUAACCAUCAUAACCUUAGACCGGUUUCUGUGUAUUAUUUUUCCGUUCCGGAUGAGACGCUUGAGUACGAAGCAGACGUCCCUGAUCAUGGGCGGAGUGUGGGUUGUAGUAGUCCUGCUGGCUGGAGUACCUUUAAUGCCAAUCAACUACUUCGCUAACUUCUACGGACGGUCAGGAGUGUGCUUAGCCUUGCACAUCACCCCUGAAAGGUCACAUGGGUGGGAGUAUUCUGUAUCUGUUUUCUUGGCUCUCAAUUUCGUUUCUUUCGCAGUCAUAGCUUUGGCUUAUGGCUGGAUGUUUGGAGUGGCAAAGAAAACUCAGACAGCUGUCCGGUCCAGGGAUAACAGAUCUGACGCUACCAUGGCGAGACGAAUGACCAUUAUUGUAGCCACGGAUUUUUGCUGUUGGAUGCCCAUCAUUCUGUUAGGGAUAGCAUCACUUAGCGGGGUAAUAAUACCUCCUCAGGUCUUUGCUUGGGUUGCUGUUUUUGUUCUUCCUCUCAAUGCCGCAAUAAAUCCCUUGUUGUACACUUUAUCGACAGCCCCUUUCCUGAGUCCAGCGAGAAUGAGAGUUUCCCGGUUUCGGUUUUCUCUUAUGAACUCAAUUACUGGCGAAUCCCAGAAGUCUAUCAUUGUUUCCUUACCGGAUGUUCCAGUUCGUUUUGACCGUGAUCCCUCAUUUCUGGAUACUAAUGGAGAAAUUGUUCCACUGCGUGACCUCUUACCAAUCCCUCAAGGAGAAACAGUCAAGCCAAGUCUACGGCGCCAUCUAGCGACUAAAACUCCUUUAAGUGUUCGUUAUUUAAAGCCCUCACGUCAAAUGAAAACAAGCGAAAUUUGAUGAGACUAAUUAUAUUCACAACACUCAAUCUUCUGAAACGUUAAACACCUAAGAUAAAGAUAAAGUGGUUUCAUGGUUUGUAAUUUCCAUAUUUUUUAG